AUGAUAUUUGGUUUCAGUAGAUUGCUUAUUAUUAGUCCCAAGCACAACUUUACUUAUAGCCUAAAUCCGUUUGAUGCCCUUAACUUCUGUAAAUAUGAAACUCAGAAACAAUAUUUAUUGUCAAAUCUCAUAGCUGAGUAAUAGGAAACUGCUCCUCCUGCGUUUGAUGGAGAUUAAUAAGACAAACUCCUGAAUAGCAUUGAUAUGAGGCCAAAGGACAUUGAGGUAAAGGAAAGCAAAUUGUGGAAAGAAAAGGAUGUUUCUAAGAUUGAAGACCUAAAGACAAUUGAGAAGACUUUUGAUUGGUCUUUCAGUACUCCAUUCAAGGGCACAAUAUCCUCAUUGAGUGAGAGUUUAAAAGAAAAUAGUACCUUUAAUCAGCAAAUUGAGAGUUUUAAUGAAUUAAUUGAAUAAGUUGUUGGGCCGACUGAGUUGAGCUAAUUGCCAGAUUUCAAAGGCAAGCUAGAUUAUACGAGUAAGACUAGUAUACCGCUACUCUUGCUUGGCAAAGACAACCCUAUUUUGCAUUAUGGGGAGGUAGUUUUAUUUGAGGAUGAGCUCGGGGACAAGGGUUAUUCUAAAUGUUUCGUUAGAUACAGGGUCAUGAAAGAUUGCUUUUUCCUAUUAUUAAGGUCAUAUACCAGAGUAGAUCACGUCUUAGUCAGGAUACUUGAUACUAGAAUAUUCCACGAAUUCGGUUCUAAUGUUUUGAUCAGAGAUUUCAUUCACAAGGAGAGCACAUAUGAGUAUUUAAAGAUUAAAGAAGUUGAUACAAGCAGUAAAUGGAGCCUUUCUCAGACACAAUCAGACGAUAUUUACCAAAACCUUGAAGACAGGCAUCAUACUAAUGAUUAGAUUGUGUUAUCUUGA